AUGACUUCUGAAACGACCGAGCCGCUGGGCAAGUGGGUGGAACAGUUAUUCAAGACUGCCUUUUUCCAAUCAGAUGAUCAGAUGGCCAAUCAGGCGAUGGAUCAAGGCUUCAGUGAGAACCUCAAAGUUCGCAUCAAUGGAUCUCUGAUGGACCGUGCUACUUAUCAGCAAGCUGCAGUGAGGGUGCGUGGAAGCUGCCAGGGAGUACUUGAGAAUAUGGAGGAGUUGCUGGUGACAUCCGCCGAGCAUCAGCCUGCUGGAGGUGGCUCCGUUGCCCAUCUGUUGAGAUUCAUGAUGAAAGACUGGAAGACGGGGGAAGAGAAGAAAGAAACUGCCGUGAUUAUUUCCACUGUGGAUGUCUCGGAAGGGAAACGCUUGGUGACAGAAGUGACGGAAGUGAACCGCACUUGGGAUUCGGCUUGA